UUGCAAUGGAAGCCAAAAUGCUCUUGAAAUGAUAAUUGUAUCUUAUCAGAAGAUAUCGAGUAGAAGUUUUUAUUUCAUAUGAUAAAUACUUCGGAUUAUUUUAGGAUUGUUAUAUUAAGACUUAACACUCAGAAUGAAAGCUGCUCUUUUACUGAUCGUCAUUCCUUGCUUGGUUGUUGCUGAUGUACAAUGCCCAGACAAUAAAAUUACAUGCCCAGACGACAAAAGAUGUUGCAAACUUGAAGGACGGUAUACCUGUUGUGACUCUGAUGGCACCAACUUUUCAGAGAUAAAAACGAAAGUGCGUGCUGGCAUGGAUAUCAUGAAUUUUCCUUCAUACCCAAAUGUAUCGGGAAGAGUGAUACAAGCUAGUUCACUGGCUAUUUGCUCUAGGGAGAAUUGCUACGGAGAAUGCUGCUCUUCUACUGCAUGCUGUCCUUAUAUAGCUGCGGAUUGCUGCACUGAAACCACUUGUUGUCCCUCCCUGCACAGAUGCUGUCCUGAUGAACGUUGCUGUCCUAUGGGACAAAUAUGUUGUUCGGACUUUUGCUGUAGCAUAGGGCAACAAUGUUGUCCUACUGGUUGCUGCGGACUUUUCGACAAGUGUUGUGGAACAGGAUGUUGCCCUUCUGGAACACAAUGUUGCGGUAGCUGGUGUUGCCUCGAUGCCCAAAGGUGUGGGGCCUCUAAAAAUGAAUGUCAUGAUGUCGGAAAUAUCAACACUCCCUCCUUUUUGAGUUUACUGCUGCUUAUUGGAUUCAUUGUCGUUUCUCAUCGUCUCUAAGUUCCAGAAAACUUUCAGCAUUAAGGACAGUUUUCCAAAAUAUAAAUUUUUUCUGCUUAAACGAAAUGGCAUAUUAUUAUUAUUAUUAUGAACAUGUUACAACUUAGUGAUAAAACAUCGGUUCAUCAUUUGAUAAUCAAUAUGAUUCUUCUGCAUGAAUAAUUUCAUAGAUUUUAUUUUUGUUUUGUGAGCAGAUUUAGUUAGAUAUCAUGUUUAUUCACAUUUUGGGAUAAAUUAACAUGUGCCAUUAAAAUGUUUAUGAGUA